AUGGAAUCUCUCAACAUCACUUCCACUUGGGACAACGAGGCUAUCCGGGCAGCAUGCACCACAGCUCGCAACUUCACCGAUGCGCUCCCUCCAGGCAGCUUCUUGGCCGGGGCUCUGGGUCUCGGCUGGCUCUUCAACCGCUGGCUGACUGACAGGGCGCUGAACAAUGGCAAUGCACUGGCAGAGUUUGAUUGGAUGCGUGAAAUCAUCGUCGUCACAGGAGGUUCUGGUGGCAUUGGUGCCGAAAUAGUCAAAACACUGGCAGCCCGGGGGUCCAGAGUGGUCGUCCUCGACGUGCUCCCGCUGUCGUACCCGAAGAGCCCCAACGUAUACUACUACAAGUGCGACCUGACCAACUACGACGAGUUGCAGGCAAUGGCGACACGCAUCCGAAAAGACCUUGGUGAUCCUACUGUGGUUGUAGCGAAUGCGGGGAUCUGUCGCGGCAAGCCGAUCUUGGCAGCCUCCCAGAGGGACAUUGAGCUCACCUUUUCCGUCAACAACCUGGCAAUGCUCUGGACGGCCAAGACCUUUCUGCCCAAUAUGAUCAGUAAGAAUCAUGGCCACCUGCUGAUCGUGGCCUCCCAGACGGGCUAUGUGGCCACACCAGGCCUUACCGAUUAUUCGGCCACCAAGGCGGCCGCCAUUGCCAUCUACGAGGGUCUCCAUGCCGAAGUGAAGAAUAUCUACAAGGCGCCCUCGGUCCGCGUCUCGUGCGUCUCGCCCAGCGCCGUCGACACGAAGAUGUUCAGCGGCAUCAAGCUGGGGUUGGGUAUGAAAGCCCUGCGACCGGAAGACCUGGGCGCCCUGAUUGCCGACAUACUCCACGGCGGUAGGUCCAAGCAUACUAUCGUGCCACGUUCCGCGUCUGUCUUGUCCAUCGUGCGAGCUCUGCCAGAUUGGAUACGGGUGGCGAUGCAGACGGCUAGUGUCGGCGUUUUCACAGAUCUGCAUCCACACGAUCCCAUGAAGGGGCAGUGA